UUUUUAUCCAUUUCCCUCGCUCUCCCUCUUCGAGUCGGCCACAAAGCGGUGGUUCGCUUUCGAGGACGGGGUUCGAACCCUAACCCAAGUGUUCUUCGCAUUCUUGUUUUCCAUGAGAUGGGAGAUGGAGAUGGAGGAGGUGGAGGCAGUUCUUGAGCGGAUCUCGGACCUCCAUGACAAGAUCAGCGACGCCAUCCACACUAUCUCGCGCGCUCACUUCCUCCGCUUGGUUAAGGACUCCCGCGGAGGAAGGGACCAGCCGCCGCUGGUAGCUAAAGAGGUUGAUUGUGAGGGAGAUGGGAAGGGCGGGUUUGUAUACGUCAAGGAUUUGGGGGUGGAAGUUGAGGACCAAGGCGCGGCGAUGGAGGAGGCCAGGAGCCUCAACGCCAUCCGCACUGCGCUGGAGAACCUCGAGGACCAGCUUGAUUUCUUUCAUACUGUACAAUCACAACAGCGUGCUGAACGAGUUGCUGCUAUUGCACGAUUAGAACAAAGCCGUGUCGUCCUUGCAAAGAGAUUAGCU